AUGGCUUUAUCAACUGAAUCUAUUGUCAAUGACAUUGAACGUGCGGGUCUCGACAAGCACGGGUAUCUCUUCGGCCAAAAACUUACACAUUCGCUGUCUCCCUUCCUUCACCAAGUCAUAUACGACGACCUGAACCUCCGCUGGAGCCAGCUUCGUCUUGAUUCGGCAGAUCUUCAGCUCUUUUUAAAUCUGUUGCAGCAUCCAUCAUGCUACGGUGCAUCAGUCACAAUGCCAAACAAAGUGGCUAUUAUUCCUCACCUUGAUGAAAUGACGGACGAGUGUCGCGAUGUGGGAGCCUGCAACACAGUCUUCUUCAGAGAGAGAGACGGUCAGCGAAUCUUGUGUGGUACAAACACAGAUGUCAUUGGUAUCCGCGACUCCUUUUUCUACAACGUCAAGGAUCCAGCCCACACAUAUCAUAACCGGCCAGCUCUUGUUAUCGGCGGAGGAGGUGCCGCAAGAAGCGCCAUCUAUGCCCUACGAAAGUGGAUGAACGUCAAAGAGAUAUACCUCGUAAACCGCGAUGCUUCAGAAGUCGAGGCCGUCAUCCGAGACUGUACAUCACGAGGCUACGGCAAAGAUCUCUUACAUAUUGCCACAGUAGAACAGGCGAAAAGUGUUGACGGGCCUGGUGCCAUUGUUGCAUGUGUACCAGAUUUCACCCCCCAAACAAGCGACGAGAAAUUAGCAAGGCAGAUCACAGAAGUCUUGUUGGAGAAGAAGCACAAAGGCGCGAUGCUUGAAAUGUGCUAUAAUCCCACGCCAUUUACCGCUCUGGGUAUGCUUGCAGAGAAAAAAGGUUGGAAUGUAAUUCUGGGAACUGAGGCACUUAUAUGGCAGGGUUUGGAACAAGACACGUAUUGGACUGGAAACACGAUUGAUGGAUUACCAGCUGAGAAAGUGAAGGCCGCGAUUGCGGCGAGUGUAGCUCAAAGAUCUCAAUCGAAAUUGUAA